CUCUCUAUAUAUACAUUGUCUAUCAUCCUUCACAAAUCACAUCUAGUUAUUGCUAAUACAUUACACUCUAGCAAAAUCAAGAAAUAUAUAUAUAUACUUCUUAGCACUUAUAAAAAAUGGUGGGGUACGAUUGGGCAAAAGAGAUGAAGGAAUUCGACUCGACGAAAGCCGGUGUUAAGGGUCUCGCCGAUGCUGCUCUCUCCGAGAUCCCAAAACUCUUUAUCCAUUCACCUGAGUUUUUGCACAGCAAUCCAAUACUCAAACCCACCGAUGCUGGCGACGCGCAGCUCGAUCUCCCCACCAUUGACUUUCAGGGUGUGGCGGAGGAGCAAGGACGGCGGCAGGUGGUGGUGGAGGAGAUCCGCAAGGCGGCGCAAGAAUGGGGGUUCUUCAGAAUAGUGAACCACGGCAUUCCAUUGGAGACGAUGGACGCCAUGCUGGACGCUACUAAGCUAUUCCACGAGCAGCCCACCGAAGAGAAGAAGCCGUUUUACUCGUCAGAUAGCAGCAGGAGAGUCAAAUUCAACAGCAAUUUACCUGUCCUCGAAAACAACGCCGCCUGUUGGAGGGAUGUUCUCAGCUGCGUUUUCCUCGACGAUCAACUCGACCCUCAAGAUUUGCCUUCUGCCUGCAGAAAGGAAGUGCAAGAGUAUGUGAAAUACAUGAUAGAACUGAGGGAGGUAAUGGCGGAGCUGCUGUCGGAGGCACUAGGGCUUCCGAGCGACCAUCUCUCGAACAUAGAGUGCAUGAAAAGUCAGGCACUUGCAUGCAACUAUUACCCAAAAUGCCCUCAGCCCCACAAAACAAUUGGCUCAUCAAAACAUUCAGACACUACUUUUCUAACACUGUUGAUGCAAGACAGCAUAGGGGGGCUCCAAAUUCUCCACAACGAUGAAUGGAUGGAUGUGCCGGCGGCACGUGGGGCACUCAUAGCAAACAUAGGAGAUCUGAUGCAGAUAAUAAGCAACGACAGGUUCAUAAGCGUGGAGCACAGAGUUGUGGCUCAGUCUGUGCAGAGGGUUUCGGUAGCGAGUUUCUUCACACCGAGUCUGAAAGCAAUGGGGAAGCCAUUUGAGCCGAUAAAAGAGCUUCUCUCUCAUGAAAAUCCGGCACUCUACAGAGAGUUCCUAUUCAGGGAAUACUGCGAACAUUACAAGACUAAAUUCCAGGGCGUUACCUCUGCCAAGCCUCAUUACAAGAUCCGAUGAUUAUAUACAGUGUCUCGGAUUUCUUCGAUCGAUCAGCUACCAGCAAUAAUAAUAACAAUAAUAUUUGUCGUCCUUUUUCAGCAUCUUCAUGUAAUAUUUAUGUACUUGCAUUUUAAGUGUUUUUUAUUGAUUGUGCCU